AUGACCCUCACCAUCGCUGAACAAAUCAGCAUACUCUACCAUGUCCUCAAUAGCGACUCAGCCCUAAAGGUUAGCAAGAGUUGCGGGGAUCCUAGACAUCCUCUUGAAGCGCGAGGGAAGGAAAUGUCAAAGGAUAAGGAUCGUCAUGCCCCUCCUCAUCCCAUCAUUAUUGGAAAUGACAGUGGAGGGGAGAGGGUCUUCCCUUGCGGCCUCAGAUUCAACCCUGGGCAUCGUUGCCCUCCUCAUCUGACAUUGACAUCAAAACAAAAUGCGUGUUCAAGGAAAAGGUCACAAAUUGGAAACAAUCCCAACAUUAGUAAGCCCGACGUCCCAUCUUUCCUUGAAGUAUCUAGCCUUGGUGUCAACAGACACCAUUAG